AUGACCAAAGCCAAAGACUGGAACGCGAGCCAAUACCUCAAGUUCGAGAAUGAACGCAGUCUUCCAGCGCACAACCUGCUCGACAGGGUUCCUCUCUCCUCACCAAAGAGAAUCAUCGAUCUGGGCUGUGGCCCGGGGAACUCAACAGAAGUCCUGGCGACACGUUUCCCCGAUGCAAAGAUCACUGGUCUGGAUUCUUCACCGGAUAUGAUCAAGAAAGCGCAGGCUGUUCUUCCAGAGCGGGAAUUUCAUGUCGCAGAUCUGACGACGUACAAGCCAGAGGCCGGCGAUGCCGUUGAUCUCUUCUUCUCCAGCGCCGUGUUCCAUUGGUUGACGGCAGACGACCGAAUCGCGGUUAUCAAGCGGCUGUUGGAGCCACAGGCUCCGGGCUCUUCUUUUGCUAUUCAGGUGCCGAAUAAUCUGAAUGAGCCGUUGCAUGUCUUGAUGCGCGAGACAGCGGCGGAGGGUCCGUGGGCCAAGAAGUUGAUUGGGGUGGAGAGGAUUGAACUCGAGUCUGUGCAGGUGAUGUAUGAUCGGCUGAAACCAUUCUGUGCCGAGAUUCAUAUCUGGGAGACGAGUUAUUAUCAUUCGGUUGAGGGGCCUGAGUCUGUUGUGGAGUGGAUGAAGGGGGCUGGGUUGAAGCCGUUUAUUGAUCCGCUGGAGGGGGGUGAAAAGGAGGCAUUUUUAGAGGCAUAUCUCGAGAAAAUCAAGAAGGCAUACCCUGUCUCUGUUGAUGGGAGGGUCUUGUUGAAAUUUCCUCGGCUGUUUAUUGUUGCUGUGAAAUGA